AUGCCGGAUCCGAAAUGGCCUGCAGUUAUUCCCAUUCUUGAGGCAACCGGAGAGUACAUGUCUCCGGACACGAAGAAAACAACAAGGUCCGAUUUCACGAACUUCUUCAUACGCUUCCAGCCAGCACCAGAUGCACACCCAGCAUAUCAGCAUCUCUUUCUUAUCCAUCAACGAUUGGCAAAACUGUUGAUCGAGCAUCCUGCGAUGGUUCAAAAUGUACAGCAAACUUUUGCGACACCUGCAAAUAGCAAGAAUAAAGUCUACUUCAUGUGGGACUUUGUUCUGCGGACAUUCCAGCAUCUAGCUGCGCAGGUCGAUCCGCAUGAUCCAAACUCUUCGCCAAUGUUCCAAGAUGUCAUUGGGAGAGCCCUUCAGGCGAAGAUGUUGACUAUUGAUGAGACAGGCCAGUUGAAUAAGAUGAAUGCGAGUGUUGGAUACUCUGACGAUGCUGGGGUCGAGUUCACAGAUGAGAUCAAGGUGCUGGCCAAUGAGUUGGACCGUUUUCCGGACGGAUUGUCAGAAGAAGAGAUGGAAGAAGCACAAGCCAGAGUGUAA